AUUAUAACUAAUUGUUAUUGGAACUAUUGAACAAGUUGCGGGCAUUAUUAAAUAUUUCAAUUGUAAUUGCGCUCUUUUUUUAAAAAAAAAGCAAACAAACACAAAUAAUCAUUUUCCAUUGAUAACUUCAUAUCAAAAACCUUUCAUUUGUUUUCCUUCGGAAAUAUAUAUUUGAACUUGUUUCAAUUGUCUUAUUCAUGUCAAGCAACAACAACAGCAACAACAACAACAAUAGUACAAGACGUGAUCCUGUGAAAAUGACCAAUUUAAAUAAAUCUAACAAUCAAGAUGGCGAUGCAUUAGAUACUGUUAUUAUACCAUUGAAUUCGUCAUCGACAUCAGCAAAAAUUCAUAAAUCCAAAAGUGGAAUUUCUAAAAUACUACUCAUUCUACUACUUAUUUUAUUGUUAUUAUUUUUAAUUAUUGCUUCAAUUAUUGCAGCCUACUAUUCUAAUGCUUAUUAUAAAUGUCAAAAAGCUAAAGAUGCUGAAUCCAGUCAUUUGAAAUGUAAUGAGCUUGAUGAAAUAUGUACUUCAGAAAAUGCCAAAGAUGACCUACUACAAAGAGCACUUGAAUCAUUAUCGAAUAGAUCAAUGAAAGAUGUACGAUUGCCAUAUUCAGUUAUUCCAAAUUUCUAUGAUUUAAAACUUCAAGUUCAUUUACAUCAAGGCAAACCGGAAACAUUCUUUUUUAAUGGAUCUGUCACUAUCAAAAUUUAUUGCUCAAUAUCUACCAAAAUAUUCUUUGUACAUGCUCAUAGUCGUUUAAAUGUUAGUUUAGAUAAAGUCAGCAUAUCUAUUAUGAAUGGUGAAGGUGACUCACAUCAUGGUCACAUUGAUCUUAAAAAUAUAUCUUAUGAAGAAGACUUGGAAUGGUAUCGAAUUGAGCUGAGAAAUUCACUUCAACCCUUUACGUACUACAAAUUAACUUUUGGACAAUUCCGUUCAGCUUUGAACGAUGAACUGAAAGGUUGGUAUUUGAGCAAGUAUAUGGAAAAUGGAACGUAUAAAUAUCUUGCGACAAGUCAACUUCAACCAACUGAUGCCAGACGUGUAUUUCCUUGCUGGGAUGAACCUGGAUUUAAAGCACAAUUUCAGGUCAGUUUAAUACGUCAAAAAGAUUAUCAUUCCCUUUCAAAUAUGGCUUUAGAAAGUACUGAAGCAUUGUAUGAUAAUUGGUAUCUUGAUAAAUAUGAACCAAGUGUCAAUAUGUCAACAUACUUGUUGGCAUUUGUAGUUUCCCAGUUCGCGUCAAUUCGUGGCAUUGAUUCUAAGGGAAGAAAUUUUACUGUAUGGACAAGAUCAGAUAAAAUUCAUUCAGCCAAGUAUGCUCUAGAAACAGGGAAGAAAAUAAUUGGAUUUUUCGAAGAAUACUUUGAACUUUCUUAUCCACUUAAAAAAACAGACAUGGUAGCGGUGCCUGAUUUCGCUGCCGGUGCAAUGGAGAAUUGGGGUCUUAUGAUAUAUCGAGAAGCGACAAUGUUAUGGGAUCCGGAAUUCGGUACAGCAGCUACUCAACAAAAAGUAGCAACGGUCAUUUCUCAUGAAGUAGCUCAUCAGUGGUUUGGAAAUCUGGUUACUUUGAAUUGGUGGGACGACCUAUGGUUGAAUGAAGGUUUCGCAAGUUUCGCCGAGUAUAUUGGAGUGGAUCAUGUUCAUCCGGAGUGGGGAAUGGAUGAACAAUUUCUUCUGGACGAUAUACAGAAAGUAUUGAUUAGUGAUUCGUUAGUUACUUCCCGGCCAGUCAUACAACCCGUUUAUUAUCCAAAUGAAAUUAAUGAAAUUUUCGAUCCAAUCUCUUAUAACAAGGGUGCUUCUGUUUUGAGAAUGAUGGAGUCAUUUAUGGGUAGAAACGCAUUUCGAGCAGGUGUGAAGAAUUAUCUUUAUCAAAACAAAUAUAAAAAUACGGUUCAUGAAGAUUUGUGGAGAGCGCUCACUGAGGCAGCCAAACUUGUAGGUAAAGAUGUCAAUGUUAAAGAUGUCAUGGAUACCUGGAUGAAACAAAUGAAUUAUCCACUAGUGAUAAUUCAACGCAAUCUCGAUGGAGAAUUUCAAUUCACACAAAAGCAUUACUUAGAACCACAGGAUGCGAAAUCGCCUAAAAAUCCUUCACCAUACAAUUUCACAUGGAAAAUUCCACUGACUUAUGGAUCAGCAAAGACUAACAACUGGGAUGAAGCAGACGUUAUUUGGAUGAUGAAUAAAACAAUGACUCAAAAAUUGGAUGUAACAGAAAAUUCUUGGUAUUUAUUCAAUAUUAAACAAGCUGGUUUUUAUCGUGUUCAUUAUGCUGACAAUAAUUGGGAACUAUUGACCGAACAGUUAUAUACAGAUCAUCGUGCUAUUCCACUACAUUCACGAACACAAAUUUUGGAUGAUUUAUUCAAUUUGGCAAAUCGCGCCACUGUUUCAUAUAAUGUAUACUUAAAUCUGACAAAAUAUUUAAAAAAAGAAGAUCAGUAUGUUGCAUGGGAAACAACACGUCGAGCACUCUCCUAUUUGGACCGUAUGCUUGCCAUGGAUGAGAGUUAUGGAGCUUUUCAAGCAUAUCUACGUACGCUUGUAGAUGAUCCGCUUAAAUCAGUAGACUGGACUAUAAUGAAAGAAGAUAAAGAUCAUAUGAAGCAUAUGUUGCGUCUGACAUUAACUCGAUUAGCAUGUCAAGCUGAACAUCAUUUAUGCGUUAAAAUGGCUAGAGAAUAUUACAAGAAUUGGAUGCUUAAUCCUGCCAAAAAUUUGAUCCCGCCAAGUUUGAGGCCGGCUGUUUAUUGCACAGCGAUAAGAACCGGUGGACAUAAAGAAUGGGAUUUCUUAAAACAACGUUUAUUAGAGGCGGAUAUCAAAGAGGAUGAAAAAAAUAGCAUUUUACAGGCAUUGUCUUGUUCUCGUGAUAUGUGGAUAGUAAGACUACAUUUAGAAUGGAUCAUAAAAAAUAAUCAAAAUGAUCCUCAAGAUUUAUUGGAUGCACUUUCAUCUGUUGCAUUAUAUCCUAUUGGUCAGACACUUUUAUGGGAACAUAUACGUGAAGCAUGGAGACUUAUAGUAAAUGAACAUAAAAACACUUCUCAUCCAACUGCCAAAGCCCCUUCAUCUGAUGAUCUCAAUGACAUUUGCAAAUAUCAUCAAACUGCAAACUCUGGGCGUAAUAAUGAGUGUGUACUUACUGUAAUUCUUAAAAUAUUGUCAAAACGUCAUUACACACUAAAUAACAUACCGGAUAAAGAAGAAGUACUUGCUAUGCAAAAUUCUGGACAAAAACUACUGGAAAAUCAUGUUCUCAAACGUGGUCUAAAUGAUUUAUUUAAACGGUCAAAAGAAAAUAUUAAAUGGACAAAAACUCAUCGUGAUGUGAUCAGUAAAUGGUUAAGUGAAAAUGUUCCAAACACAACAAUAUUACUUUAAAAUGCAUUUUCUUUCAUAUUAUAAAUUAAAACAAUGUUCACUGGAAUACGCAUUAGUUUUUCACAAACACUUAUUGAAUUUAAUUGAUCAGUGGACUUGUUUGUCAAUCCUACAGCUCUGCCUAUUUGUUUAACAAUUAUUCAUCUGUACUUGUGUAUCUCUUGAAACAAAAUAUUUCAACUUUUUACUUCUUUAAUCUUAACUUAUUUGUGUUUAGGUGUUUACGUAGUUGAAAUGUUUUAAAAUACUCUAAUCAUAUCGAUUGGUCACUUGAACUCAAUAUACAUAUAACAAUUCGUACAUCGUACAUCAAUAUGUAGUAUGCCUAUCAUAAUUCGUAAUCGAUAUCUUUUUGGUUUGUUAAGAUAAUAGUCUUUUUUUUUCUUUUCCAAAAAACCAUGAUAUGAAAGUGGAUUUACUAGCUCAGUAUUAUUGUUAUUAUGAUGAUGAUCAUCAUCGCUAGGAUUACGAUUCUGUUGACUGUUACAGCUAUUAACUAGAAUGCAUGCUUAUCUGUAAAGCUAAAUUUGUUUAAUUAGAGUGAUUGGAUAAAAAUUUUAAUUAAAAAAAAACUUGGGCUAGUGUGUAAUUUUGUACUUACACUGAAAUAAUAUAAUUAAGAUUGUUUUCUUGUCUUUAAGUAUCUGUUUUUGUUGAGAUUUUACAAAUUUUAUACAUGUUAAACUGAUAACUGAAUUAAUGUAAUUUCUUACUCUUAAUGAUUGCAGUGAUUUUUCGGGGUUUUAUAUAGACACAUUCUUCAAAAAAUCUCAAUCAUUACACAUUAUACUGGGAUUUGUUUAACAGAACAAUUUGUGAAUAUUGAUACUGGUAGACUUUAAUUCAGUGUUUGUCAUUACUGACACAUUCUCUAUACGUCUUGUUUGUUCUGUUUUUUUUUUCUUUUUUCAUUUAUUAUUUCUUAUUCUACUGCUCUUUUCAAUUGUUUAAACAUGGUAAUUUUGGUAAAUGAAUUGCUCUCUGUGAAGUAUGACUGACUUAUCAAUUCAUCGAAUAAUGUGCCGAUAAUAAUAUUGGAUGUUUUAUUCCAAACAUAUACAGAAAUCCUAAACAAAACUCAUCCAACGUGCAGAGCACAAUUAUAUUGUGACUCUACUUUAUUUAAUGUUUUUAAAUUGAGUAGCCCAGUAAUAUCGAAUUUUGAUUUCAAA